CCAACUCAUUUUUGCACCCAUUGACAAACGAAAGAAAAAAUAAUAUCCGAUCAACUUGACCCACACCACUUCUUCUUCCAUCACAUACAUACGCCGCCGAGUUCUCCGACGUAGCUACUACCCUACCACUCUCAUCCACUCAACCAACCAGAUCCUCUCCUCUCCUCCUCCUCCUCCACCUAUCCACUCCCUUCUCCGGCAGAGAUGGCUCGCCCCGCCUUCAUCUACUCGAUCCUCCUCCUCCUUUGUUGCGCCGUCGCCGCUGCAGCCUUCGUAGACGACUCCAAUCCCAUCCGGAUGUUCCCCGAUCGUCUCAGCGGCUUGGAAGUUUCUGUGGUCAAUGCCGUCGGGAACAUUCGCGAGGCUCUGAAAUUCGCCUGUUUUGCUCACGGACACAGGCCGCUAGCAAGGGGGACUGCUAAUAAUGCUAUAGGCGUUGAUGGCGUCGGAGUAUCGCCUCUAGCAGCUGCUCCUUGGACGAUUGCAGCGCCAGAGAGAGAGGGUUGUCCACCUGCGUACGUACAAUACAGUUAAAGGAGUAAAUAUUUGUCAAUAGGUGUGAAGAAGCUAAUUAGUGCAUCAAUCCAUGAGUGGUGGCGUCGCAUCUCAG